AUGCGCACCAUCUUCGGCCACGUGCUGGGAGGCCAACAGCUCCCUAGGCUGGGCCUAGUCAGAGUCCACUGCACACUGCUCUCACCACCUGCAUCCGGAGAACAACCCAGAGAUAUUGUAUGCUGCCUGGAAAACUUCACUUUGAAGGAAGAUAUUUUACGCACUACCCGUCGGAUGGGCACCAUCCGCUUGGACAACCAAUUCAUCUCGAUCUACCAAGAUCUAUCCCGCUAUAGACUACAGGUGAGAAAAGCCCUCUGGCCGGUGAUGACGGUGCUCCAGGCGGCAGGGAUCCACUACCGCUGGGGGUAUCCCUUCUCCCAGUCUGCCCGCAGGGGACAGGACACACACACACCAUAA